AUGGCUCUGCUGAAUUUUCUGUUGCUGCUGGGGCUGGGUGUUUCAGUGAACUCAGAUGUUUCUCUGCAGAAGAGAAUCAUUGGAGGUUAUGACUGUCAUGACACGGAGCGUCUUUAUCAUGUUCGGCUGGAGAGCAGCAAUGGUACUCAUAUGAGCCGCUGUGGAGGAUCUCUGAUCCACCCUCAGUGGAUUCUGACUGUAGCUCACUGCUGGCAGUUGGAGCCAGGAUGGACUAACGUAGCAGUGUUAAAAGUUCAUCCACGGACUGCUUGGCCGCAGAGACAGAUGAUCCAACAAGCUCCUGUGAUUUUUCGUCGUAAUUUCCAGCAGCAUGACCUCAUGUUGCUGAAGCUUGAGACACCAGUAACAGAUGUCCCACUUCCUCAGCUACCAGACCGCAGGUAUCGUCUUAAUAGAGGCGAUGUUGUUCAGCUGGCAGGAGAGGGAGCAACGACAACCGGCCCCAAUAAUGAGCAAUUGCCCCCCAAUUCUCCUAUUCCGGCACAUCUUCAAUGUGUCAACAUGGAAAUUGUUGGUGCUUCCCUCUCUGUGCCGUUAAUUGGGUCUAUAAUCCGUGUUAAAGCACCGAACAAGGAUGUCUGCUAUGAUGAUGAUGGUGGAGCAGCGAUGCUCGGCAACAAGAUUUAUGGUGUGAUUUCUUUUGGUGGACCACGCUAUGCAUGUCAGAGACCAGCCGCAUUCUUGGAUGUGACUCAAUACAAGAAGUGGAUUAAAAGAAUUACUGGGCUUAAAUAAAACAUAAACUAUCAUGAAAUAAAAUUCUCAUCAAAUUUCCUCUCAAAUUUUAUAAUUGUAUCUUCAUCAGUUUGAUCCACAUCAUUGUAGAAUUAGAAUAAAUUCAUAGUUUUGU